AUUGACUGUGGCCAACACUACCCCAUCCACCGUAGCAGCCUCCAGCUUUAUACUCCCUUUGGACUGUUCGCCUACGAUUCCGGACCAAUUAUGGGUGAUACCAAUGAGGAUUUCGAUGAUAAACUCAAACGUGAGCCUUUCAGCUCGGAAAGUAUAUUGAAUACAUCCAAAGGGACUCCCACAUCCACGCCAGAAUCUAACCCAAGAAUCGAGGGCGUUACAUUGGUGGAAGCGGUGCCCACGAACUCCACGGUUCAGAACGCAGUUUGUUCUUCUGGUAAUAGUCUACAGCUAAAAUUGUCCGGCUAUGAAGAAGAAGACUUUUCGACCUGGCUACGCCGUGUACAGUUUCAAGUCCGGGUUGUGCGCAGCCAGGAUCGAAGCAUGGCUAUCCUACAAGGCUUGACGAAGUCACAGCUGGACAAGGCCUUAGAUGCUGGCCUCGACGAGGACACACCCGUGGAAGAAUUGCGCCGGCAGUUGGGGAGAGUGCUGAAACCGAAUAUAUCGAAAGAGGCGGCACUGAAACAGAUGUUCCCACGCUCCCUGCACCUAUUUGUGAAGAAUCUAAACACAAUUGAGCUGCGUCGUUUCCUGCUCCUCCAACCACCCCAGAAUUUACAGGAGGCGGGGAGCCCAGUAGAACACUACUCGGAAGUGACACAGGUAGCAAAACCAACUGCUCAACCAGUCCAGCCGACUGCCCUGCAAAAUACAAUACGGGGACCACAGGGCAACAACUGGCGUUGGUUCAGCUAUAACCCACCGAACCUGGCCGCAGCAUUCCAGCGGCCACAGUACCCCGGACAGGGAGGGUAUAAUCGGCUUCCCAACCUGCAAGUCUGUGCAUGCAACAACAAGCAAACAGCUUCCUUCUGCGAGCAAACCACAUCGGAGCCCUUUUGCACUGAGAUUUACGUAAAUGCUAAGCUUGUUGAAGCCCUAAUCGACACUGAAACGAUGUUUCAGCUGCGUCGGCAGCUGAAGAAGACCAACGAGCAGGCAAUAGAAGCAAAUACCAUGAGUUUUUUUCCUUUCCGCACAGCUUUGGAUGAACGCAAACCGCGCAAGCCAAUGUUCGAACAGAAAUCCCCUCCAAUACUGCACCCAACAGCCCUCGGCAGGUGCAGCCUUGCAUGCUAG